GAACGAUAGAAACAUAGACACACAGAGAGAGUAUAUGAGUUGAAUUAAUUAGUUAGUUAGUUUGUUAGAGACGUGAAGAUGGCUAGAGAGGAGGACGAAGAGAACAGUGGCGUGCCAGUUCUACCUACGAGUUCGAGUUCAAGUAGCACAAGACGAGUUGAACGAAGAGCAGAUCCUUUUCUCAUAGUUUGUAGAUGCUUCAGUUUGAUUACCUCUUUAGCUGCUAUUCUCUGCGUCGCUGUCAACGUUCUCUCUGCUGUUCGCUCCUUCAAAAAUCCAAAUACUAUCUUCGAUGGCAUAUUUCGUUGUUACGCAGUUCUCAUUGCGAUUUUUGUGGUUCUCGUUGAGACAGAAUGGAGCUUCAUCAUUAAGUUUUGGCAGGUUCUCGAGUAUUGGGCAGGGAGGGGUAUGCUGCAGAUUUUUGCGGCAGUGAUGACCAGAGCUUUCCCUGACUAUAAUGGGGAGCGAAAAGAUCUCGUUAUUCUUCAAAACAUUGCCUGCUAUUUGCUUCUUUCUUGUGGCGUAGUUUACGUUAUCUCGGGAGUCCUUUGCGUUGGUUUUCUAAAACGUCGUCGCCAGAAGCAAGAGAUCACUAGAGAGCAAGCAGCCAAGGAUCUUGAGGAGUUGGAGCGGCGCAGAGAAGAACUUGAGCAACUGCUUGUGACAGAAUAGGUUUGAAGUGUUUGAAAGUAGUGCUGAAAUUGUCUAAUUACUUAGUGAAGGCUGAAGAGACAACUAAAGGAAACCUGACCUAUGAAUGCCUUUUAUGUUAGUGUUGGUUACUAUAUUGUUUGUUCAUUCUCUAGAACAAUUGAAUUACAUUAUUCUGUGUAAAUAUCUAAAGGUAAUAUUCGAGAUGGUGUUUCAUCCUUGGAUUCAUGUGGAAAUUCUGGGAACCAUGUUCUCACCAUUUGCCACUCAUCUCAUAUGCCUCCCACUGCUUUGAGCCUCUACAAUAACCUCUCCACACCCAAAACAAAGGCCUUCUUUUACAUCAUAAAAAGUUGUUUGUCAUGAGUUGAGUCACUUUACUUUAAUGAAUAUAUGUUUGAUUCCCACGUCCUUGAAGUUGAUCGAGGAUGGGGUUCAACAUGCUGUCCUCAUCCUCAUGCCUCUCUUUUUUCAACAUUCCCCAUGCGUGCCUGAAAGAAAUAUUUGUGCUAAUGAAGAAAAGAAAGAAAUACUUGUGCGGAUUUGUAUUCUUCAAUUUAUUAAGUUGAUUCUAUUUUAUCUCU